GGCCCAUUUGCAAUUUCAUUUGGUGUUUCACUUCCUGAAAUAUUUCAUAAAUGAAAUGAUGGGCUACAACAAUGAAAGAGCAAAUUACAUUGGCACCUCACUAUGAAAUGAGGAAGAGACGGUCGAUGCACUUGAUCGUAGGAGGCGCAACAAAUCCUCUCAAAAGGUAGGAUGAAUCCCUUACAACCUCAGCAAAUGCUAGAUUUUCUAUUGGAAGACGGAAAAGGGAAGCCCAAAAAAAAAACCAAAAUUAUUGUUGUUAGCAAGUUGGUGAAAUACCUGGCAGUAAUAACAUGGCGAUAAGAACAUACAAAUCAUCAUCUAUCGUUUACCACUUGUCACCACCAUCCUACCAUUGUGACAGAGGGGGUAGAAGUGGUAUAAUUAGUUCACUUUUUUUCCAUAAACAUAUUGAGAAUUUAUCUUAUUUUGUAAAUCAGAUUCAAAUCGACGACUUCAUCGCGCUGAUUAGGUGUUCAUAUGUUGUGGUCUACACUCUACAUAUACAAAUAUACAUUAUAGGAACAAUAUCAAGCUUUAUAUUUUAUGAGUCUAAAAGGGAUGAACGUUUAACUCUUGAGUGGUUAUUCAAAGUAUUAAGUAUGUGUAUAUAUUGGGGAAUUCUACGGUACCCAGUGUGAAAUACGGGGUAUCACAUACCUUGAGUAAGAAAACACUAUCCAGAACUUGAAUUGAUUGAUCUUUUGGACAUUACACUAUACUCUAACCCUUAAAGAUCAAAAUCUAGGUCUUAAUUCUCUAAAUCUUAUACCCCAAGAUCAAUUUAAUUAGAAACAAUAAUCGACGGUUAUAAUUCGUCCAAAUAUAGGGAAAAAAUCAAUGCACCAUCUUAGGGUUUAUAGUUUAUGAUUUAGAUAAUUAGGACCUAGGGUUCACUCAUUAAGGGUUACGGUAUAGUAUCAUGCCCAAAAAUCUUGCUAAUUCGAGGUCUAGAUAGUGUUUUAAAACUCAAGGUAUGCGGUCCCUGGAUUUCACUCGAGGUACCUUAGAAGUCACCAUAUAUAUUAGAUAUAUGGCUAAUUAUUUAUAUGGUUAAUUUGGUUUGGCUGGUUAGGAGUGUCUGAAACCAAACCAAACCACCUAAACCAAACAAGCUAAGAAUUUCAACCAAACCAAACCAAUUAUCCAAACGAACCAAAUUAAAUUAUCCAAAUAGUACUGAUUAAAACGAUUACUAUGGUAACCACACAAUUUGAACACCACUGUACAUUAUGCUUUCUAGGAUUGAUGCACAUCUUGAGCUACGCAAUGCCAAAUAAUUACAACCUAGCUCUUGAAUAAAGUUCUUUACAUAUUUGUAAUAAUCCAUUCCGGCUUUGAUUCUUUCUCCCGUGUUUUGAUUACAAUCCCAAAAGUGUUCUUUGCAAUUUCCAUAUCUUCUGAUUUGACGAGAAACUGAUUGCAGUCUAUUCACUCUCCAAUCGUAUCUCCCUGACCUUCAUUUCUUCCAACUGUACGAACCCACCAGUUCCACACUCUACCACAGUCCUACCAUAGCUUACUCGUGCAAGUGACAGCAGAGACGCAACCCACCAUAACCCCAGUUUCUUCCCAUAGCUAGUCUUCUCCAUUUUCAUUCCCCCCCCCCCCCCCCCCCCCCCCCCUUUCCCGAUGCUCUGUUUUUACCAUUCCCAAAAGAAGAAGAAAAAAAAGGAACAAUGUCGAACCAGACGCCUUCCUUCGUCAAAGUUUUGGUUGGAUGUUCAUCCAUGAAGCUGCUGAGAAUUCCAGAGUCAUUCAUCAACCAAUUCGGCCAAGUUUUGCACGGGAAAGACAAUGGUCUCCACCAAGGCGACCAUCUGGUUUUCAACUUCACCGGGCACAGAACCGUCGAAGUUGUCUCUUACGACCCAACUGGCUGCGUCAAGAGAAAUGCUGAAGUUCAGACCAGCGAUCCUGAGUCGAGACCACGAGAAGCUCCAAUUAAGACAGAGUCAGAAGAAGGGUAUUCCUCCGGCAAUGCUCCUCGAGGUUCGGCUGCUUGCUUCCAAGUGGUUUACAAGAAGUACAUGAACCAUAGUGUGUGUAUUCCACUGAGAUUUUGUAAAAUCGCGCGGCUGGAAAUGAAGAACAGUGCCCAACUUCAGGAUCCAAGGGGAAAAUUUUGGCCAGUUAAACUAAUCUCCGGCGGCAAGGGACCAAGGAAAAGGUUCGGUGGUGGUUGGCUUGUCUUUGCUGCCGCUAAUGGCGUCGCUGUUGGAGACAGAAUCGAGUUCCGUUACAAGUCUGAAUCGGGUGUCUUCCAGGUGAAGAUACAUAAACCAAAGAAUAAUACUUGCAACGAUUCUCGAGUUGGGAAGCGGCAAUGGAAGAGAGCUGAUGCUGCAAAUCCUGAAAGGAACAAGCCUCGUCCAAGCUAUGAAAGGAACCCAGAAACAGAGAAAUCCCUCAAACCCAGAAAAGGUUUGCAGAGGAAAAGAGGAGCUCCAACGAAGGCAAAGUCCAGAAAAGGCCAUUCUUCUGGCAACAACGCUCCUCCAGGUUUGGCUGAUUCCUUCCAAAUCGUUUACAACAAGCACAUGGAACGUUCUACUUAUAUGUGCGUGCCGGUGAGAUUUUCUGAAGCCACGAAACUGUCGCGCAAGAAAACUGUUCAGCUUCAAGACCCAAGUGGGAAAUUGUGGGCAGUUUCUGUAAUCUCGGUAGGGAAGGGGCUUCAGAGACGGUUCAGUGCUGGCUGGCGUGCCUUGGCUGCUGCGAACGGCGUGGCUGUCGGAGACAGAAUCGAGUUCAGUUACAGGCCCGAAUCGGGUUUGAUCCAGGUGAAGAUACAUAGAGAAAGGUGUAAUGCUGGCAAGGAUCCUGAAGUUGGGAGGAAACGGCCGUGGAAGAGAAGUGGUUUUUGUCGAUCUUGAAAGGAUCAUAGUGCUUGAUUGAGAAGUUCAUGAGAGGAAGCAAAUAUCUUUUGGUGUAAUUCUGCAGACUGGUUGUCAAAGCUUUCAUAAUUCGUGUGUGUUGUAGUGUAAGUUGUUAGAACUUGUUUGGUGUACUGUCUUCUUUUCUUGGAAGGAAAAAUGAAGGUUGAUAGUAGCGUGACAUGCUUGUAUUGUCAACGGUGAUCGGAUAAGUUUGAACCAUAUAUAAUUCUGCUCAAAAUAAUCACUGAUUUACUGUUGGUGUAUAUUGCGUGUAAAGAUUUAACGACAUGAUGCUACUCAAGUUACUUACAAUGACAACAUUCUUUUCAACGUAGAGGAAUUGUUCUUUUUUAUUAUUAUUAUUACCUAAGGGUACCGACAUCUCCUUGAGAGCUCUAUUUUGAGUUAGUAACACUUACUAUGCUUGUUUGCAUACUGUCGUGAUUGUCAUGGUAUUGUAGUAUAUGCUGUCAUCUGAUAGCAGAACUUGUUGGAUGUACUAUUUCCUCUCUUUAGAAACAAAAACGCCACAUAAGAAAGCAUGAGUCGCACU